AUGGCCGUCAAGUGUUCUCCUGAGGCUUUGCUUACGAAAGCCAAAUUGGCUGAAUUAGUUGAACGCUACGAUGAUAUGGCUGGUUUCAUGUGUGAAAUUGUGAAUUCUAACGACGAUACGUCCCCAGAACUGACAGUUGAGGAGCGCAACUUGCUCUCUGUUGCGUACAAGAAUGUCAUUGGGGCUCGUCGCUCUUCAUGGAGGAUUAUUAACGCGAUCGAAACAAAAGAAAAGGGAAGUGAGCGUGUAAAAAAUGUCAAGGCGUGUCGAGAGCAAAUUGAAAAAGAGCUUAAGCGGAUGGCAAAUGAAAUUAUCUCACUGUUGGAGAAAAAUCUCAUUCCUCGUGCUCAGGCUGCGGAUUCAAAAGUCUUCUACUACAAGAUGCAAGGGGAUUACAAUAGGUAUCUUGCUGAAAUCGCCUCACCUCCUGAACGCGAUGAAGUAGCAAAGCGUAGCCUCGAAGCUUACAAGAUUGCAACGGACAUUGGUGUUGCCGAACUGCAGCCAACCCAUCCUAUUCGUCUUGGUUUGGCGCUGAAUUUCUCUGUUUUCUACUACGAAAUUAUGAACGACCCAGCCCGGGCCUGCCAUAUUGCUAAGCAUGCAUUCGACGAUGCUAUUGCGGAACUAGAUACUCUUAAUGAAGAUAGUUAUAAGGAUUCUACCCUAAUCAUGCAGCUCCUUCGUGAUAACUUAACACUUUGGAGGCCAGAUAUUGAAACCGACGGUAAGACAAGUAAUUUAUGA